UGUAGUCAACGCGUUCAGCACACAAUUCUGUCUCUAUUAAAAUGGAUUGUGGUGGAGUUUUUGUUAAAUAUGUGCUCUUCAUAUUCAAUAUAUUGUUUGUGAUAUGCGGUAUUUUGCUUAUCGUGUUCGGUUCGCUUAUGGUCUCGGAAAUCAAAGAUUUUUCGAGUGUGGACCAAACAUUUACAGCAAAUAGUGUGGCUAUUAUCAUACUUGUAUUGGGCUGUGCUAUCUUUUUAGUAUCGUUUAUUGGAUGCUGUGGUGCCAUACGAGAAAAUGUUUGCGGACUUACAGCGUACUCCAUCAUUAUGUUGGGCUUAUUUUUGUGCCAAAUUGCCUUGAUUGUCUAUGUGUGGAUCAAUCAUGUACAAAUUCGGCAAUCUCUUGAUCAGGUGGUGCAAACGAUUUGGGAUCAGAGGAAAACGGAUGGCCUCCUCAUGGAUACUCUGCAGAAAUCUCUAAAAUGCUGUGGCCUAUAUAAGUUCUCUGAUUACGGCACUGUCUAUCCCGCCUCUUGCUGUGACUCCCCAUCAAACGGAACUUGUAGCUUAACUUCUGUUUUGUUUAAGCCAGGCUGCAAAUCGGCAGUUGAUUCGCUUUGGGACACAAAUGCCAACAUUAUUAAAUAUGCUGGACUGGGUGUCACUGCAGUUGAGUUGGUGGCCUUCAUAUUUGCCUGCUGCUUAGCAAAUCAGGUGCGAAACAACGAAAGACGACAAAAUUUUUAAAUCUCUAUUUAUGAGACGGUGUCA